AACGAGUUGACCGCAUGUUUUCGGUGCGGUUGAAUUUGUAAAUAAUAAAGUUAAUAACAAUAAGCGGAUACAGCGGAUAAUGGCAGACGCCGUGGAAGCGCUGUUCAUCAGCACGACCAGCGAGGACAACACGACGUGCAGCGUGCAGGACCUGCGCACGGGCACCGACCUGUGGCGCUACAAGGGCGGCGGAUGCGCCCAGCACCACGGCCUGGAGAUGAUCCGGCUGAACUACGUGUUCGCGGCCAACGCGUCGAAGCCCCUGCUGCACGUGUGGCCCAUCAACAAGCAGGAGCAGCUGGCGGGCCUGCGCUUCGUGGUGCCCGGCAGGGUGAACGCGCUGGCCCUGACGCCCGACGGCAACUUCCUGGCGGCCGGCAUCCAGGAGAACAUCUACCUGUGGCACCUCAACUCCGGCCGCAUGCUGAACACCCUGGCCAAGCACUACCAGCCGGUGACCUGCCUGCGCUUCACGGACAACGGCGAGCACUUCGUCAGCGGCGGCAAGGACGGCUCCGUGCUCGUCUGGGACCUGACCUUCGCGGCCGCCCCGCUGGACACCGGCGGCGGCAAGGACAGCACCGACCCGCUCUACAGCUUCAACGACCACGGCCUGGCCGUGACCGACCUCUACUCGGGCAUCGGCGGCAUCCGCUCCUACCUGUACACCGUCUCGCUGGACCGCUGCUGCAAAGUCUACGACCUGUGCGGCGGCGUCCUGCUGCUCAGCGUCGUCUUCCCGGUGGCCCUGCACAGCGUGAUCGUCGACAAGAUGGAGACCCAGGUGUUCGUGGGCUCCGGCGACGGCCAGGUGUUCGUCUUCCACAUGGAGAAGGCGCCGCGCAUGAAGGAGUACCACCUGGAGGAGGAGGACGUCCAGGCCUUCGUGGGCCACACCGCCGGGCGGGCCAUCACCUGCCUGGCCCUGAACAUGAGCGCCACGGCGCUCGUCUCCGGCGGCGAGGACAACCAGGUGUGCGUCUGGGACGUCGGCAGCCGGCAGCUGGUCAAGAGCCUGCCGCAGAACGGCUCGGUGAGCAACCUGCGCGUCCGCCUGCUCAGUCCCGCCGUCUUCCUGCCCGAGCACAAGCAGCCGCAGCUCUUCGCCGACAGCCUGAAGCGGAUGAUCAGUCCGCCGGACGAGAACGACGGCAUCGAGCUGCUGAUGGAUGGGGAUGGGGAGACGGGACUGAAGACACCAGAGAUAGACUGCACCAUCAGUUAUCCGGGAACGGAUGCGGAGAUAUUGCGCCAGCUGCUGGUGUCCCUGAGCACGCGGGAGAAGGAGGAGGACGAGGAGGAUGAGGCUGAGGAAGCCGAGGAAGUGGAAUCCGCAGCGGAGGAAGCGCAAUCCGAAGCCGAGGAAAUGGAGGAAGUGGAAUCCGCAUCAGGGGAAGAGGAUGCAGAUGAGGAUGAGCCAAGCGCCUCCAGUACAAACGGCGUGGAGGUGGAGAAGCUGCUGGCGGAGAACGCCCGCCUGAAGGAGGAGUCCAAGCGCAUGUUCGAGAUCAUGUUCAAGUACAUCUCCAGCGAUCCCAGCGCCCUGGGCGAGAUCCUGGCGGAGAAGGAGAAGCCGAAGCGCAAGAAGCCGCGCCAGAACCAGUGAACCGUGUGGAUUUGCCUUCAAUUACGUUUACUUAGGUUUAGAAUCAAUAAUACAUGAUAAUAGAAAAAACAAAA